AUGGACGAGGCCAUGGCACCUCCUCACAAACGUAGGAAGCUGUCAAGUGGUGCAGCACAGGACAUCUCAGCUCUGGACAACAGCACAGUGGCCGCAGAUGUCAUGACCCCAUUCUCACACGUCAGCCACCUCAGGACACACUCUUCGCUUGCCCCGGCCAGGACGCACCAUCAUUGUGACGAUGAAGAAGAUCAACCGCGGGUGCAGCAUGCUCCAGUAGGAGGAAUAGAGGACUUCAAGGUCCUCCUGCCACGACAAGGGACCGGCUCGUCUGCUAGCAGCUCUGAAGCCACAACACCUGUAGACUCUACUGCCGGCAGCAAUGGCCCAUCUCCUACCUCUCCGAGUGCAUCCACUUCAAGUGCUUCGGCAGGUGGUACUCCUGCCAGUCUCAGCCCGAGCCCGAGUAUAUCUGGGUCUUCCACGAUCAGCGCGAGAUCAAGCGGCAAUGGCACCUUGUCAAGAACAAUAUCUGGCAGCUCAUCGUCCGUUUCCUUGAAUCUUACAACGUCGGCCAUCAUUAUCAUAGGAGAAAGUACCACAACCUUGAAGACUACGAUUACUCUGGGAGGUUCCACAUCGAGCAUAACAGACACUGAUGCAAGCUUCCUAUACCUCGCCACCCUGUUCGAUGGAGAUGUAAGCACAUUGACACGCUCAUCUAUUGCCUACACGACCGCAUUUGGUACAGAGAGUUUCACCGUCCCCAGCAGAACCAGUGCGCGGACUUCCACGGUCGAGGAGACCGUCUCCGCUGACUCCUCCCGGGGCGGUCAAAGUACUGUCACCUCAAUUGCAACCGUAGGUAUCGCUGGCGCCGGAUCUGGACGAGGAAGCCCCACCAAUUCCUCGCCGGCGACGAGUAGCACCGAUAGUAGCUCGAACAACGACAAUCACAACGACAAUACACCUCCCGCUGGUACCAUAGCUGGAGGCGUUGUGGGAGGAUGUGCUGGGCUCGCCGUGGUACUGUUGAUUGCGAUGCUAUUCGUGAGGUGGUACAGGAGGAAAGCACGAACGCAACAUCAAGCGCUCCCGCCAGGAUCCAUGAGUGCGCCAGGGGACGAUCAAACCAUGGACAGAAAUGCUCCUGGCAUGGCCGAGCGAGCCGGCUUGAGGCCUUUAGUCGCUGCGAUACCGGGGCUUAUGAGGCAUCAAAAUCGCAGCACUGAAGCAUCGGAGCCGUCGGAAAGAGGGUUCACCCGCGUAUCAGGACGCAAGCUGCCAUCCGCCUUCAGCGAAGGAAUGACCAGUGAUGGACUGGUGAGAGAACAACCACCGCCGGCCAUGCCGCUCAGCGGUUCACCACCAGACGCAGAGCGCAGUCUGAGCGGCAACUCUUUCUACCGCGAUAGCACUGGUUUCUACGGAGGUGACGGCGACAUCGGACUGGCACGAUCCUCGAGCUCGCCGACAUCUCCGAAUAGCAAUGCGCCGAUUCAUGGCAAGGCGCCCGAGCUGAUGAUGGGACCCCAACGGCAGCCUCAAGUGCACGCAGGAGGACCAUACAACAUGACACCGACCAGUGCAGAUUCACCGCACGCCGCGACUUUUGGGCGAAGCGAAACACCAGACUUACGGAACAGUCGCUUUACGGAGGAUAUGUGA